AUGGGUCUUAACACUUUGCAUAACAUCCAAAAAACAUUUGACUUCGACUCAUCAUUUUGGAAGAAUAAAAAUAGUUACAAGGUUGAAAAUGGUAAAACAGGAAUGGAUGAUUUGGAAGCAAAACUUCCUACCUACUGGAGCAGCAAGAUAAACAAGAUAUGUGUUGGAAUGAGAUUCAAUGGUGAAACAAACUUUAUCAGCUUCGUUUUUCAGGCUAAAUCGUUGUACGAUAUCAUUGCCAGUGGAAAAUACUGCAAAACCAAUGGGAACCGAACCAAAUGGAUGUCAUUAAUUAAAGAAAGCGUUCUUCAAGAAAAAUGCAAUACGGAAGGUUUCAACGUCGUUGACGAGUCAAAUUUACACCCUCGUGUAAGGAUUGGCAUCAUAGGAAAUAAUGAAAACAGUUGUAGGACAAGCGACUCUUUCAUUGGGUUUGGCUCUACAUACUGGCAUUACAGGAGAAACGCUCAAAUAAAUAGCAGUGGGAACUCAGCUAACUGCCACAAUAAGAAUUUAGCGAAACAAUUUAAAUCAAUGGGAUACAUUUUUGCUCUCUAA